CCCAGACGGCCAUGUCAGAAGGGGAGAGCAAGGACAGCUUGGGCAGCGAGUGCCCUGUGUGCUACGAGAAGUUCCGAGACCUGGAGGGCGCCAGCCGGACCUUGAGCUGUGGCCACAUGUUCUGCCAUGACUGCCUCGUCAAGUACCUACUCUCCACCUGCGUGGACGGGCAGGUCCAGAGGACCAUCGUCUGCCCCGUCUGCCGCUACGUCACCUUCCUUAGCAAGAAGAGCUCCCGCUGGUCCUCCAGGCUGGACAAGAGCUCCCAGACCCUGGCCGUGCCCGUGGGACUGCCUGCUGUGCCAGCACCAGACACCCUGGGCCACACAAACCCCCUGGCCAUCUCCCAGCCUGUCUGGAGACCAUCCCCGAGUCAGAGUGCCCAGCUGCCCUUGGACCUGCUGCCCAGCCUGCCCCGGGAGCCGCAGAUCUUCAUCAUCAGCCGCCACGGGAUGCCCCUGGGGGAGCAGGACAGCGUCCUGCCACGGCGCAGCCUGGCAGAGCUUUCCGAGGCAUCCCCUGCACCCAGCUCCAGCCGAUCGUUCUGCUGCCGCUCCCGAUCCCUACUGCUCAUCACCUUCAUCGCCGUGCUGGCUGUGGUGGCCGCUGUCUUGCCCUGGGUCCUGCUGGUGAGGAAGUAGGCAUGAGUGGUGACACCUGCAGGGGCUGCCAAGUGAGGCUGGGCCUGAGAGCUGCCCUGGAAGCUCCCCACAGCCGGGCUGGCCAUGGCCUGGGAGCGGGCAGAGGGGCCCCAGUGCAGACCUGGUCCAACCAAGCCCUGAGGAGCAGGUGGGCAGAGGGGAGACCUGGGGCAGAGAGAGGGCAUGAGGACAGUGCUGACUGGAAGUAUGGUGGCAUCUCCCCACCUCCAGCUUCUCACUCCUAGCAAGGGCUGAGGCCUGAC